AUGUCGGGACAACAGCCCGUGUUCGUCAUGAACACUGGACCAGAGCGACAGACCGGCCGUAAAGCUCAGAUCUCCAAUAUCACUGCCGCAAAGACCGUCGCCGAUGUCAUCCGCACCUGUCUUGGUCCCAAGGCCAUGCUCAAGAUGAUCCUCGAUCCCAUGGGCGGAAUCUUGCUCACCAACGACGGAAACGCCAUCCUCCGUGAAGUCGAAGUCGCCCACCCUGCCGCCAAAUCCAUGAUCGAGCUCAGUCGUACCCAGGACGAAGAGGUCGGCGACGGUACCACCAGUGUCAUUAUCCUCGCUGGCGAGAUCCUUGCACAGUCCUUGCCUCAGCUCGAACGUGGCAUCCACCCGGUCGUCAUCAUCUCUGCAUUCAAGAAGGCGCUCGCACGUGCGCUCGAGAUCGUCGAGGACAUUUCCGUCCCCGUCGAUGUCACCAACGACAAGGACAUGCUCGCACUCAUCAAGACCUCCAUCGGUACCAAAUUUGUCUCGAGAUGGUCCGAUCAGAUGUGCAAACUUGCCCUCAAAGCCGUCCGCACCGUUGCCAUGGUCGACUCCUCCGCUUCUUCCUCGGCUGCGGUAGGCAGCGACCCCAGCAAGACCGUCGACAUCAAGCGCUACGCCCGUGUCGAAAAGGUCCCCGGCGGAACCAUCGAGGACUGCCGCGUGCUCGACGGUGUCAUGCUCAAUAAGGACGUCACCCACCCCAAGAUGAGGAGGCGCAUCGAGAACCCACGCAUCAUGCUCCUCGACUGUCCGCUCGAGUACAAAAAGGGCGAGUCGCAGACCAACAUUGAAAUCACACGCGAAGAGGACUGGAACAAGAUCCUCGAGAUCGAAGAGCAGCAGAUCCAGUCCAUGUGCGAAAAGAUCAUCGAGUUCAAGCCCGACCUCGUCUUCACCGAAAAGGGCGUCUCGGACCUUGCACAGCACUACUUGCUCAAAGCCAACAUCACCUGCAUUCGACGUGUGCGCAAGACCGACAACAACCGAAUCGCCCGCGCUACCGGUGCUACCAUCGUCAACAGAGUCGACGACCUUAGGGAUGCCGACAUUGGCACGCGCUGUGGGCUGUUCCACAUCGAAAAGCUCGGCGACGAGUACUUCACCUUCCUCGAAGAGUGCAAGGAGCCCAAGGCAUGUACCAUCCUGCUGCGCGGUCCCUCGAAGGACAUUCUCAACGAGAUCGACCGCAACUUGGCCGAUGCCAUGGCCGUGGCGCGCAAUGUCGUCUUCAACCCCUUGCUCUCACCGGGUGGAGGUGCCACCGAGAUGGCCAUCGCUUACGGCCUCUCCGAGUUCGCCAAGGAGCUCGAGGGUGUCGAGGUGGGUCCCAUCCGUGCCGUCUCGGACGCGAUGGAGGUCAUCCCGCGCACGCUCAUCCAGAACUGCGGCGGCAACGCCAUGAAGACGCUCACCAGCCUGCGCGCCAAGCACGCCAAUGGCGAGCACUCGUACGGCGUCGACGGCGAGUCUGGCAAGGUCGUCGAAAUGAAGGAGUACGGCUUGUACGAGUCGGCCGCCGUCAAGAUCCAGACGUUGAAGACGGCUAUCGAGUCAGCGUCGCUCUUGCUGCGUGUCGACGAUGUCGUUUCCGCCAAGAGGGGUAGACAGCCAGGCGGUGGCGCUGGUCCUGGUGUGCAAGCGCCCGAUGCAGGCAUGGGCGAAGACGCAGGCCCGGACAUGCCUCAGAUGUAG